AUGGUUCUGGUGAUCCUCUACAUGGGAACGCGGCCAGUCAACUACCGUUUUGGGGAUAUGGUGAAUUAUAAUAAAGGAUAUGAAAUACUGCAGUCCGGCGGUACAAUGACCAUUGAAAAGGAUUACCUGUUCAAUUACUUCAUGGUGUUCUGUGCUCAGCUAUUGCCAGCCAGAUGUCUGGAGAGCAUUUUGAACCAGUCAUGCGCGAACCUGCAGAUUAUUUGUAUCAACGAUGGGUCGACAGAUCUUACCCAGCAAAUUUUGACAGAUUAUUCAUCCAGAGAUACACGGAUACAGCAUAUCACUCAGGAUAAUCAGGGAAUUUCUGCUGCAAGGAAUGCAGGUGUGAAAAUGGCAACAGGAGAUUAUAUCGCUUUCGUAGAUGCCGAUGACUGGCUGGAAUCCGAUGCUUUAGAAAAUGUACUAAAUGAUCAUCAGGAGGAC